AAUAUUAAUGAUAACUCUGUUUCUCAUCGACUCUGAAUGAUUGUUAUGACGAUGAAGGAGCUUGUUGAAUAGCUUAUUUCUUGGCCGCUUCAGGGGAAUUUAUUUUCCUCUCUUACUUUCACAUCUCAUGUUAACUCGAAGAAAUCAUUGAGGAAGAGAGCGAAUUAAUGAUUACUUAUAACCAUCAGGAUACACCAUUGACUUUAAAACUUGAAUAUGUUCAGUGUUUGUCUUAAAGAGUUUCUUUUUUUACUGGAAAAGUGUAUUAAAAAUUAACAAAGUUAUUCCUUCAACAUGAAUUUAUUUUAUUGAGUUUAACUUCACCAAUUGUAUAAUAUCAUGUCACUAGAGAUUAAUAAUAACAAUGAUCAAGAUGAUAACAACAACCAAUCCAAUGGAAGGAUUGAAAUCAAUAGGAUUGAAAAAGAGUUCAAUUAUGACCCCAAUAACAAUAACAACGAACCAAAAAUACAAGAUGACCAUCAUAAUUUAAAUCAUAAAACAAUACAUUCAGACUCUCUUUAUUAUCCCGAUCCUAUUCGCUCUUGGCUCAACGAAGAUGCCAAUCUUGCUGUGCGAGUUCGAAACGUCUGCCUGACUUAUGGCUCCGGCCAAAAAACAACUUGUGUCCUCAACAAUCUUUCAAUAUCAGUUCCAGUUGGUUCAAUUUACGGUCUCCUCGGUCCAAGUGGUUGCGGUAAAACAUCACUUCUAGGAGUAAUUUCAGGUUUAUUUAGACCUGAAUCAGGAUUGGUUAGAGUCUAUGGUUCACCUCCUGGUACACAGGGAUCUGGUGUACCCGAUUCAGGUUUAGGUUACAUGCCACAAGAUACUUCUUUACACACUGAUCUAACGAUCUAUGAAAAUCUCUGGUAUUUUGGUCGUCUGUUUUUUCUUCCACCUGCAGUUCUCAACAAACGUAUUGACUUUCUAGUUACAUUGCUUGAGAUGCCUGAGCCAAAUCGAUUAGUAUCAACUUUAUCUGGUGGACAACAGCGCCGAGUUUCACUCGCCUGUGCAAUAAUUCAUAAGCCUAGGUUGGCAAUUCUGGAUGAACCAACUUGUGGUGUAGAUCCAGUUCUUUGUCACAAAAUCUGGCAAUUGUUGAACAAAUUUUCCAAAGAAGACAAAAUGACAAUAAUAAUUACAACACAUUAUAUUGAAGAGUGUCGUAAAGCGUCCAUGGUUGGCUUUAUGAGAGCAGGUGAAGUGCUAGAGGAAGAUACACCAUCAAAUUUAACUGCUCGCUACCAAACUCCAAAAUUAGAGGAAAUUUUUUACAAAAUUUGUUUCUCACAGAAACGCCGUAAUACAAUAUUAUCACGACGAAUGUCAACUCAAAGUCCAACUUUGGCUCCUGAUGAUAAACAGCGAGAUUAUGUGUCUCCAUAUAAAAGUUAUCGGUCAACUUAUCCAAUACAUUCAUUUUUCUCGUCUAUUUACACAUUAACCUGGCGUUACAUGUUACAAAGUCUUCGAUCUCCUGUUUAUUUGUUGUUAUUGUUCAUCUUCCCUGUUUCUUCUCUGGUUAUUAUGGACAUUUGUGUGGGUCGCUCGCCCUUUGACGUUCCUGUAGGUUGGGUAGUUGCUGAUACACCCGAUUAUUUAGGUUCCCAUGUUAAAGAGGAAAACUUUUCGGAAGCCUUUUUCACGCAUCAAGUUCCAUAUUAUCCAGAUGUAUUAUACAAUGCAAUUGAUCAUCAUGUGCUUGAUAUAAUUAAAUAUCCUAAUUUAGAUGAUGCCUUAGCUGAUGUGAGAAAUGGGAAGUUGACUUCAGUUCUCCACAUGAAACAACACUUUUCCACAGCAUUUCAUGAACGCGCAGAUAUGUUUUCUGGGAAAGAUGUUGAUAAUGCAACAAUUUCAAGAGGAACCAUUUGGCUUUAUGCUGAUUUUGUAGAUAAAUUCAUGGUUACAACAGUAUCAGCUUCAGUUGAAUUUGCCUUGUUAAAGGUUUUCAAUGUAACGGCUCCAGCUUACAACCUUACUUAUCACCAACGGGCAUUACCUGUUCAAUUAGGUGAAAUUGAUGAGGGUGGAUUAGCCAAUAUUUAUGAAAUAAACUUGUCCUCAUUUUUAGUUCCAGGAUUAAUUAUAGCUUCGACAUUCGCCUGUUCCUUUGCUAUAUCCAGUUUAGCUUUAAUCGCAGAAGUAGAAGAUAAAAUUUUCGUCCGCAACUUUUCAGCUGGACUAACAUCGAGUCAAAUUAUUUUCUCACAGUUAAUUUCUCGUUUCAUAUUCUUCUCCAUAAAUGGAGUCGUUUUCCUCGCUGUUAGUGUCUAUCUGUUGGGUAUUCCGUGUCGAUCUACUCCAAUUAUACCAAUCUUGAUUAUUUGGGUCCAAGUUAUAGCUGGUUGUUCAGCUGGAGUCUUUUUUGGCGCAGCGUUUCCAAAAUUUGAAUCUGCUCUUUAUGUUUCUCUAUUCACUUUUGGUUUGGUUACAGCCUUUUCAGGGCUCUUUUGGCCUCCAGAAGCUAUUCCAUAUUACAUGAAAACAUUUUCAUUUCUGUCACCUUUCACCGAAUCAGUUGUUGCACUGCGAAAAGUCAUGGCACAGUUUGGUAUUUCUUUUAGCAAAGUUGUUCUACCAGGAAUGAUAACGAGUAUUUGUUGGAUCACUUUUUUCGAUGUUGGUGCUAUUUAUAUUCUUAAAAGGCGAAAAUUUUCCACUUGAAUUAUCACUUUGGUCAUUGAUUUUCAUUCUGGGUUGAUGUUUGAUCCUGAUUACUAUCAUUGUAUGACAUCUCAUUAAUAUCAUCGGAAUUAUCUUUGUUUAAGUUUGAAUCAUUUUGGUGCGAUUCUUGAUGAUCUGUAAAGUAGAAUAAAUAAAUGAGUAAAUACAAUGACCUUACACUGUGAAUAUGUUUGAUCAUUUUUAUAAAAAUUAAAGAUUUCAUUUCAGUUUUAA